AUGCCUCUGAUCGCAUCGAUGGGCAACAAGCCCCGCGUCAUCCUGGGGCUGAUGACGUUUGGCCCUCCCGGCCAGGAGUCUGCAGGCGCCCGCAUCACCGACAUUGGCGAGUACAACAAGGUGCUCGACACCCUGCAGAGCCGCGGGUACAACGAGGUCGACACGGCGCGCGUCUAUGUGAGCGGCAAGCAGGAGGCGCACACACGCGAGGCCAAGUGGAAGGAGCGCGGCCUCACGCUCGCCACAAAGGUCAAGUACCCCAACGAGGCAGGCGCCAACGUCGGCAGCAAGGUGCUCGAGAGUGUCGAGGUCAGCCUCAAGGAGCUGGGAACCGAUACCAUUGAUAUCCUCUACCUCCACGCGGCGGACCGCGCAACCCCCUUCGCCGACACCCUCGAGGCGAUCGACAACCUCCACAAGGCCGGCAAGUUUGUCACCUUUGGCCUGUCCAACUUCACGGCGGCCGAGGUUGCCGAGGUCGUCAUGACGUGCAAGUACAACAACUGGGUGCGCCCGACCAUCUACCAGGCCAUGUACAACGCCAUCACGCGCGGCAUCGAGGCCGAGCUGGUCCCCGCCUGCCGGCGCUACGGCCUCGACCUAGUCGUGUACAACCCCAUCGCGGGAGGCCUGUUCAGCGGCAAGAUCAAGUCGGCCGACAUCAAGCCCACGGAGGGCCGGUUUAGCGACAAUGCAGGCACGGGAGCCAACUACCGCGCCCGGUACUUCAAGGACGCCACGUUCCGCGCCCUGCAGACCAUCGAGCAGGCCGUGGCCAAGCACCAGGGCGAGGGCCUCACCAUGAUCGAGACGGCGCUGCGGUGGGUCGUGCACCACUCGAAGCUCAACGUGCUCCCCGAAAAGGGCGGCAACGACGGCAUCAUCAUCGGCAUCAGCUCCCUGCAGCAGCUCGAGGGCAAUCUGGACGCGCUGGAGAAGGGUCCCCUGCCGGAGGAUGUGGUGCAGGCGCUUGACGAGGCGUGGCUGAUCACCAAGGCCGAGGCGCCAAACUACUGGCACAAGGAGCUGGCGUACACAUAUGACACCAAGGAGGCGCUCUUUGGGGCUGCGGCGAAGUGA